AUGGACCGAGGAAUCAACCCUGAUCUUCAGCGAUUUCUCGACAGCGCCCAAGGUCUUCAGGGCCAAGAUCAGCGUGGCAUGGCCUUCAGUUUUCAAGCUCCUGAACCUCAAUCUGCUGGUUGGCGGUUUGGGCCUGCACCUCGACACCCAGCCCCUGGGCAAUCUAGUUUCAAUGGGCCUGUAGUUGGAAGCCGAUUCAACCCUCCUCAUCAACCGGUGCCGCCACAAAGCACACACACAGAAAGGAUUUCUCUCGGGCCUCGAAAUUUAUCCAGCCGGUUAGACACAGAAUCCAGGACUAUUAACAACCAUAAUGACCAUUUCAAAUUCACACAGAACCUUCGUCAGGACAUGCCUUUUGGUCAGGGGCCACUACUACGACCAUCAAACGCCCCGCCGGUCGAUAGACUUGAUCAGCUAGUUGGCUCAAUGUUGAUGCAGAGCCAAAUUGCACGCUCGGACUAUGAACCAGAGCCGAUAACCUUUUCUCGCCAAUCCCAAGCAUACACAUCAAAUCCAUUACAGCCCCAGAAGCAACAGGUUACACCACCCUUCAACUUGAGUGAUUUUGCGUACAGCCCCGAAGCUCAACAGCCUUCGACAAGUUCGUCUCCGUUCGGUCAAUACUCCAGCCCUACUACUAGAGUGAGUUUGCGUAGAACUGCAAACCGUGCCGCUACUGUAGCACGACCCCCAGUCGUGCAGAAUAGCUUGGACGAACAGCUUGCCGAGCCUAGGACCCCUCAAAAUCAGACUACUGCCCCAGUUAAGCGCACACCCCAUACCUCCCUUCUCGAACAUGCACCACCUAUGGCUCAUGGAAUUCAGCUCAUUUCUCCACAUGAACUUCCCGAUCGGUUUCGUCAAAUUUUCCCUUACGAGCUAUUCAAUGCUGUGCAAUCAAAAUGUUUUGCACAUAUCUAUAAAACCAACGAUAAUGUGGUCGUCGCAGCUCCAACUGGCAGCGGUAAGACUGCCCUUCUUGAACUCGCCAUAUGUAGAGCCGUUGAAGGAAACAGCUCCGGGCAAUUCAAGAUUGUCUAUCAAGCCCCUACAAAAUCCCUCUGUUCCGAGCGCUUUAGGGACUGGAACAAAAAGUUCAGUCAUUUGAACCUCCCGUGUGCUGAGUUAACCGGAGAUACAAGUCAAGCAGAGAUGGCCAGAGUUCGGGCUGCCUCUAUAAUUGUGACCACGCCAGAGAAGUGGGAUAGUAUCACCCGAAAGUGGGCAGAUCAUCACAAAUUGGUCCAGAUGGUAAAAUUGUUUCUCAUCGAUGAGGUUCAUAUUCUGAAGGAGGUUCGGGGUGCAACGUUGGAGGCCGUUGUUUCCCGCAUGAAGUCCAUAGGAGCUAAUGUACGCUUCGUUGCACUGAGUGCCACAAUCCCGAACUCGGAGGACAUUGCGGUAUGGCUUGGAAGGGACCAUACAAAUCAACAACUUCCAGCUCAUCGGCAAACAUUUGGGGAAAACUUCCGCCCAGUCAAGCUUCAAAAGCACGUCUAUGGAUUUGAGAGUAAUAUGAACGAUUUUGCUUUUGAAAAGCACCUAGAUGGAAAGCUACCAAGUCUGAUUGAGAAGCAUACACAAAAGAAACCAAUCAUGGUAUUUUGCUUCACCAGAAAAUCCUGCGAGACGACUGCUACCAUGUUAGCCGACUGGUGGACUAGGAAAACAGCUACGGACCGUGCAUGGCCUGCUCCCAGGCAACAGAUUGUGGUGGGUAGCAAGGAAUUGCAAGAUCUUAUUGCAUGCGGAGUAGCCUUCCAUCAUGCUGGUCUUGCGCCCCAUGAUCGCCAGGCCGUUGAAAGUGGUUUCCUGAAAGGGGACAUUAGCCUUAUUUGUUGCACCUCGACCCUGGCCGUGGGGGUCAAUCUUCCCUGUCACCUCGUAGUUUUGAAAGGCACUAUCGGGUAUCAGACCGGCCUUGCUACUGAGUAUUGCGAUCUAGAGGUCAUGCAGAUGCUUGGACGAGCUGGGAGACCUCAAUUCGAAGAUAGUGCGGUUGCGGUCAUUAUGACAAAAUCAGAAAACAAGCAGCGAUAUGAGUUAAUGAUAUCUGGCCAGGACAUUCUUGAAAGCAGUCUUCAUCUCCACCUCAUCGAGCACUUGAACUCCGAAAUCAGUCUCCGAACAGUUAAUAGUCUCGAAACGGCAAAAUUCUGGCUCGAAGGCACGUUUCUUGCAGUUCGCAUGAGACAAAACCCAGGCUAUUAUAAGAUCGACGGUAUACUUCCUAGUGGGGAUAUUGAUCAACGGCUUAAGCUAGUGUGUGAGAGGGAUAUUAAACUUCUCCAGGAACACGAUCUUGUCACUUGUGAGCACCAAAUCAAGUGUACGGAGUAUGGAGAGGCCAUGUCUCGUUACAUGGUACAGUUUGUCACCAUGAAACUGCUUUUGAGUAUACCCAAGCAUGCAAACACUGAGCAGAUACUUAGCAUUAUGUGCCAGGCGGCUGAAUUCAAGGACGUUCGGAUGAAACCGAAUCAGAGAGCAUGCCUCCGAGAAUUCAACAAGUCUCCAUUUCUCAAAUAUCCUAUCAAAGAAAAUAUUUCUACCACAGCUCAUAAGAUAUCCUUGCUGGUUCAGGUCCAGCUCGGUGGCGUGGAGCACCCUAAUGAGAAGGGGUUCGCUGUCCUGAAGAGGCAGUUCACGACCGAGAAGAAUAUAAUAUUUGAUAGAAUCCAACGCCUUAUUCGGUGUGUAAUUGAUUGCAAGGCUGUGGAUUGUGAUGCAAUAUCGACGCGCCAUGCUCUUGGGCUCGCCAGAAGUCUCGCCGCAGGAUUCUGGGAGAAUUCCAACCUCCAACUUCGACAAAUUCCACAGUUUGGUCCUGUUACGGUCAAAAAAUUGAUCAGCAACAACAUCAACAGUAUUGAGAAGCUUGCAAGCCUAGAUACUGCAAGUAUCGAACGGAUCCUAAGCAAAAAUCCACCUUUUGGCAAGAAUACGCUCCAGUUGCUAGUGGGAUUUCCUCGCCUGUCUCUGACCUCGGAAGUUACUGGGAGAACAGCUACCAAGUCGGGGGGCAAGCCAAGUGUCAAUGUCAAGAUUCAGCUCCGUUAUGCUAAUGCCAAAGUCCCGGUAUGGGAUGGAAAAAAACCUUCGUUGACCUUUACCGCUGAGACCUCCGAUGGCGUCCUGGCGCACUUUUGGCGGGGCCGCAUGCAGCAGCUGGAGGAAUGCUGUGAGCUUAAAUUUACUGUGGAGUUAUCUGGUCCCGAUAUUGAGAUCAAAUGCUAUAUUGCUUGUGACAGUAUCGUGGGAACUGUUCAGUCAAGUAUGCUCGAGCCUAAUAUUCCACCAUCGGAAUUUCCGGUGCAAACACGUGCCGAAGAGUCCCACACGCAAAGAAAGAACUCUAGGAGGAGCUCAUAUGGUAAGGGAUCUAGCAAGGGAGAUGAAUUUGGUGGGGAUGAUAUUGAUGACGACGAGAUGCUUGCGGCUGUGACAAGUAUUGAGAAAGUUGCGAUGGACGACUUUGACGGAUUUGUAGAUAUCGAUGAUGAUUCUGACGUUAGUCCUCGCCCCUCAGAUCCAACGAAGUCGACAACCCUGCAGGUAUUUAAAUCAGUUCAGAUGCCAAAUGGUAAAUGGACUUGCAAGCACGCAUGCCAUGCGGCGAACCUACUCAAAAAUGGCAAACCAUGCAGGCAUAGAUGUUGUCACGAGGGCAUUGAUAAGCCCCCAAGGGCGAAAACCAAGGACUCCAAAGCAUCCGGGUCUAAUUCUAAAGGAAUCAAAGAAAGAUCCAAUCCUUCUAAACUUAGACUCAAGAAGGCCGGCUUCCAAGACCUAGACUUGGACGAUAUGGAAGUUAUAGAUCUAUCAAGUGAGGUCUCCCCUACACCAAGUCCGGAAUUGGCUCCUAGAGAGUACCGCAGAUUGCACAAACCGCAUACAGGGAUUCAGGAAGAUGAAGCUCUCCGGCUACCAAAGCAGAAACCUCAGUUUCAAUAUGCAAGCAGCCAGUCGGCACAACUUCCGCCUGUAUCUCGGACCGAGAACAGAGAUGAUUCCUUGGAAUCCAUCAGCAUCUCAGACGACAGCUUCCCCUCUCCUUCUGCUCUUCUCCGGGGCGGAAGUAAGAGCCCUGAUCCCUUUGAGAUGGGGGAUUUGUAUAAUCAAAAUGAUCACCCCUCAUCCUCCUUCCAAGAUGGGUCGUUGGAAAGUCUCGAAGCUGGCAUGAUUGGGCUUAGUGAUUCAAUGAUGCUUCGAGGCCCCACUCCAACGCUUACUUCUAGUUUCGCCGAUAGGGCGUUCGAUUUUAAGGCUUUCGAGGUAGAUGACGAUGGGCAGAAGGAACAAUCAAGUUCUGAACCGAAUGAGCUACUGACGCAGCAUGAAUGUUUGGGCGUCUCGGACAAUUUGAUUUUGAAGAGGCAGCACUCACCAACUCCAGACUUGGAAAUUGUGAAGCACCGCCGAGUCAGGAGGGAUGAGAGAGCUCAGCACACACCCCAGGGAUCCUCUAUCCCAGCAUGGGUAGAUGAGUUCGAUGCUGAUCUUAUCGACGGACUUAAAGAUUUCGUGGAUUUUGUAGACUAG